GACUGCCGCUGGCCCCGCCCCUCGCCCCCCCCCCCCCAAUUCGCGGCCGGAGCGGAGAGGGGUGGAGCCUGAGGGGGGAGGGGAACUCGCCCGUGUAAUUUAUCGGCGUUGACGAGGCAGUGCGUGACAGGCCCUGGCAGCAGCGACACGUCCCGGCCACCACGAGCAGUACAGCGAGCAGGGGGCGUGGCUUAGAGUCCUGGUCGAGCAACUGGCGAUGUCGGGCAAGUGUCGCGCCGAGCGGGCGGCCGGCAUGACGUAGCGCUGUUCGCGCCGCUGUUCUGCGCGCUGGGGCAUGCGAGGGGCGGCGCAGUCCCCAUGACGACAAGCCUGCCGCCGCUGUCGCUCUGCCGCCUGCCCAUGUGCAGCAACAACCAGCUGGACAGCCCGCACGGUUCCUCGGGGGCGGCGUCGUCGUGCGGCUCGCCGUUAACGCCCUCCCCGCCGCCGCCCGCCGCCCCCGACGAGGACGACAUCAUCAGCGUGGGCUGCCCGUCGCCCGCCGCCCCCGCGCGCGACGGCGACGACUCGGAGGACGACGGCGACGACUACUUCCGGCCGCUGAAGCGACUCAAGAUGAUGCGCAUCGCCGCGCCCGCCCCGCGCCCCGGCGGCGUCAAGUCCUUCUCCAUCCGCGACCUGCUGAGCCACCGGCCGCCGCCGCCGCCCCCGGCGCGCAUCGUGCGGCCCUGGGCGCUGUGCGACGCCGCGCCGCCCCCGCCGCCCCCGCAGCGGCGCGGCUGCUGCCGCCCCCGCAGCGCCGACGAGGCGCUCAGCUCGACCACGUGCAGCUCGGGGCGGUCGAGCGCCGCCUCCGACUGCUGCAGCCCCGACGCCACCCCCGCCGCCCCCGCCGCCCCCAGGAGGCGGGGCAAAGGGGCGGACGCGUCGCCGCUCGACGCGCUCUUCCAGAUGACCAGCAAGACCUUCGAGGAGCUGAGCGGCGAGGCGGCGUCAGACGGCCAGGGCAGCCACCUGAACCUGUUCAACAGCCGGCAGCAGGUGAAGAAGAAGCGCAAGUCGCGCACGGCCUUCACCAACCACCAGAUCUUCGAGCUGGAGAAGCGCUUCCUGUACCAGAAGUACCUGUCGCCGGCGGAUCGCGACGAGAUCGCCGGCCAGCUGGGGCUCAGCAACGCGCAGGUGAUCACGUGGUUCCAGAACCGGCGCGCCAAGCUCAAGAGGGACAUGGAGGAGCUGAAGAAGGACGUGGAGAACACCAAGAUCCUCACGGCGCACAAGUCCUUCCUGGAGAACGUGCAGGACCUCGGCAUCCUGAAGAAGAAGAGCGGCGGCGUCUCGGCAGCCGCGUGCGACGACAAGGCGGAGAAGUGAGGACCUUGCUUCGGGUGCGGCGCUAGGACCGUGAUCCAGACAGUGUGAUCCCGGGACGAUCUCUACCAGGCCCGCUCCAGACAGUGCAGUGCUCGGGCGUGAUCUCGGUACGAUCUCUAACAGGCCCUCUGCACACCAUCAGUCCAGACCUUCACGAGCCUUCCACACCCACGAUCAAUCCUGCUGUCGAUGUUGAAAUUUAAAUUUCACUUUAAGAUAUAAAAAAAUUGCAAAACAACAAAAAAAAAUUAAAUAAAGAUGUCUGCCAUGACACUCAUCUGAUGGACUGAUGGAAUGACAGUUCGGACUGAUCAGCCCACCUUCCUUGCACACACACACACACACAUGACAGUUACGAUUGUUCAGUUCCGACUGGUAGGUCCGGACUGUCAGUUUGGACUGGCGAGUCGCUGUUCCCAACACACGGCAGUUUGGACCGAGGGCUCUCUAGUCCACGGCUCUAGUCGAUGGGAAGCCAUCAGUUCGGACUGAUCAGCCCACCUUCCUUGCACACACACACACACACACAUGACAGUUACGAUUGUUCAGUUCCGACUGGUAGGUCCGGACUGUCAGUUUGGACUGAUCGUGUGUGGAGGCCACGAGACACUUGACCAGAUAUCCAUGUCGAGGACUAGCCCAGGAUCUUCGUCAGAGAGGACUUCAGCCACGGCGUUAGAACCGUGCUGGACAGUGCUGUGCCCAGGUGGAACCCCAGGACAAUCUCCAAGAGGACAUUAUCCCAUGAACAUAAGUGCAUGUAGUGCUACGACCCUAUUCUAAAGCUGCGUGUGAAUGCAGGACCACCAUAUAAGUAGUAAGUCCAGUAUCAGGAUUGCAAGGUACGAACCUAGGUUCAUCCUUUGGAAAAGUCUGUUAAAGUGAACUAAUUCAAGGCCAUCUUCUGUGAAAGUUAAGGUGAGGUGCCCGGUUGUUGGUCUAGGCUCUUGUUCCAGAGGCCAUCAGCCGCUAAACCAGGACCUUGUUUCUUAAAAGUGUUUGCACUUGGGUCACGCACUAAGUAAUGUCGUGUAAGGUAUUUACUUGAGUCUAGCCUGCGUGAAGAUGCAUUCAUUAACCGAAGAACAUUUUUCUAAAAUGUUAGAGCCCUGGUCAUUUGAAGUCGGACACGCAGCCAGGACCAGCAUCUGGGAAGACCCACACAUGCAAGGCGAGGUUUUAACCUAGGACCUCCCUCCUAACGUUCGUGCAAAGUUUUGCAGGCGAAGCACAUGUAUAUCCCAAAUCAACUUGGGAGAUAAUUACUUCCGGUUCUGUCGACUUGUCCGGGACUGUCUUCUGAGAGCUUUCAUACCAGCGCUUCGAGUGAAAAUAUAUAAGCGUUCGAACUGGUCUAUAAAUGAAUCAUUUUGAAUCAGAUCUGAGAGAUCUGCAGCCAAAUUUAACCGACUAAUAGUAGUUUUCACAUUUAUGUACAUAUAGUGAGAGGAUGCGUAGAAACAGUUCGUGACUCGCCAGACUGAUGUUUGAUCGCCCAAAUAAAUGUUUCGUAUGAUUGUGCAAACCAGAAUGAUAUUUCAUGACUAGUUUAACAAAAAUAUUGUUUGUGUUGGAAAAUAAUUAUAUCGUUACCUCUCCCGCUAUAGUAAGAACAAAAAAAAUGUAAGUUUUCUGGUGUAUUAAUUAUGUGUUCAGUAAACAUAAAACCAAGUAACAUUUAUUUUACAUCGGUUUGGUGCUAUGUUAAAACAGUUCAAAUUAAAUAUAUCUUUUUAUGAAUUUAUAAUUCACUCGUCUCAAAAGAUACAUGUGUCGUAGGUACCAUCUUCAAGAAAAUCCACAGAGGUGUUAUCUCCCUAAAAAAUAUGGAAAGCGAUAACGUUGUGAGUGAGAGAAAAGUGUUUACAGGCAAUCUUCAGGGUUUCAGCAGCUGUCAGCCUUGACUUGCCUCAUCAGAUGAUAGUUUUAUGUCAUAUGAUAAAAUGUAUAUUCUUCUCGUCCUAUGACUGAACCUCGUUUGUGAGAAAUUCAUGUCUUAUUUAAUACAAUUUAAAGAUCUCAAACAUAUUGAAACAAUCAAAAUGUAUGUGCAAGUGGUUAAAGGCACAUGCUAAGUAUUAAAAGUACAUAGACUAUAUAAUGUAUUUUCUAUUUUACACCGUGCCAUUAGAAUUUUACUUUCUUUUAUAUAUUUGGAGUACUUCUUUGUUUAAUAUUUGGUUAUCAAUUGCAAAAAAUGGUUUUGUUAUGGUUUCAUAUCUCUUUGUGUUUAUAUUAACUUAACUUUUAAAACAGUUCAAUUGGGGUGAGCUAGGUAGUUGCGGUAGUUAAUGGUUAUGUAGAAAAAUGUAUCCAGUUAUAACAAAUGAAUAGUACAUCAAUUAUUCAUUUAUCUUGCCCAAUGAUGUAAACGCCUUAGCAUUAUUUUUCCAUUGAGCUUUGAGUAAAUUAUAAAAUAAUUAUUUUCAUAGUGCUCAUCUAUUUAAAAUUUUAUUCUUGCGUUAGUUAUGUAAAGUAUCAUGUGUGGGACUGACCAGCCACUCAUAAGUUCUAACAAACGUUUUUUUAGUGACUCAAAAACUGUUUUUGACAAAAACAAACAUCAAAGUGUUACAAAUAAUUUAUUUUACUCUUACAAUAUGUAUGAAAACAUAUAUGACUUCAUUUAAAUAUGGGUGGACAUUAUCAUGAAAUAUGUUUUUGGGAAUAUUAUCAGCCGAUGACAACUAUUAAAGUGUCUCGAAAUUAUUUUAUGGAUGGGUUAUAUCUUUACAAUGAUGUUAAUUUAUCGGAGCAUAUUCAUAUUUCCGUUAUUUUUUGUUAUUUUCUGUUGUCGAACGUUGUAGGCUUACAGAAGUAAAAGUCUGCAGAUGUUUUAUUCUUUAUCUGUUUAGUAAUAAUAAUUAUUUCGUGGAACAUAAAUGUAUGAUCAUAAUUUACUUAAAUUUACUUAUUAAUUAAUGUCUUAUUUAUAUUACGACAGUAUAUUUUACAGUUUCGCAGUUGUUUUUAAUAUUAUAUAUUGUCAGUUGUUUCUGGUUUGUAUCAGGAACGGGCCUUACAAAAAAAAAUCAUUAAGUAGAUUCCAGUUCGGGUGUUAUCUCUCCAAAGUCAAGCAACAAUUGUUUUCACAACUAGAGUAUUUUGGCAUUAAAUAUAAAUUAAAAUGAAAAAAAAGCGUUAAUAGUUGAAAAAUAUCAAUAAUUGUCUUACGAAAAUUAAUUAGUUCAUUUCAAAUGGCUCACUUGACAUAAAAUAUCUGAAUAUUUACUAAAAUUUAAUUUAAUUCUGUUUUAAAAAAUAAAUUAUAGACUUUCCUUUUAAAAUGAUCCCAAGGAGAUUAAUAUCAGCUUAAAAAUUGCUUGCAUAAAGAUACACUUACAUAUUUGAAAAUUAGUUCCUAAUCACUGAUAAGUUAAAUGAUAAAAAUACUUCAGAAUGUUCCUAAUAUAUUUUGAUUUUCUAUAACUGAAUCAAAACAUAUUUUGUUAGUUUUCGUGUGAAAUAUAUACUACGGUCAAAAAUUUCUUGACGCUAGUCUCUGAGAAAAGCUUCUUUAACACUUUUUUUAAAUUUAUAUACACUUCGGAUAAUGAAAGAAAGAUAUAAAGAGAGAACGAUAUAUGUAAAUUAUGUGUGGUUUAACAUAAAAUAUUAAUUAAUCUGAGCAUUUAAACACUAAGUGUAGUAUAUUGUGUACUAAAACUAUACUCCGUGAGCAUAGAUUUACAAAUUUGUAAGUACAAUUAACUCAGCUAGUACAUAACGAAGAUGCAUGUUUUCUAUAUCAAAGUGCUCAUUGAAAUAUUUAUGUAUUUUUUGUAGCUUUGCGUACUUACGACAUAUUCAUUCUUAAAAAUUUCAGAUAACUGAUUCAUCAGUGGUGCCAAAAUGCUCAAUUCAAUCAUCACUGUUUCAAAAAUUGUAGAGAAUAUUUUAAGAAUUAUAUUUGGAACGAUAUGUGAAAAAAGUUGCAUUCAAGAAAUAUUUGACUGUUUCUUCAAACUAUUUUGUAUGUUACAAGCUGGAAACUAUCAUUUUACGUACAAAAAUAAAUGACGUGACAAAGAAAAAGGAAAGAUCGAUGAUAAUGUAUUCUAUUAAGAAUCACUUUACCAGUGUUCCCAAACGUUAUCAGAGUUUCAGUUCAGAUGUAGUGGACUUGUAAAUAGAGAAAAAGGUAUUUAAUCGAAAUGUUAAUAUUUAAAAAUCGGUGUAAUUUAUUCCAAAAUCAGCUUGCCUGUGUGUAUAAAAACAUUUUCCAUGUAUAUGUUCAUUAAUUUCUUUCAAAGUGUAAUAUAGUUGACAUGUUGUUAUGUUGUAGCGCAAAUAAACUGACUCCAGUGAAUGUUGUAUAGGCUCUAUUUGCAAAAUAUGUGUCUGUCAUUUAUACUUCAUUUAUUUGUGCUGUAUAUAUUUAUAAAAUGAUAUUAAGUGUUAUGGAUGUUAGAAUAAAUACAGUGUUGAGUUUAAACA